AUGUCGUAUAGUGUUGGUCAAUUACCUUAUCGAAAAGGAUCCGAAAGUCUUCGGAAUGCACUUAAGAUGACUCUUUGCAAGACAGGACUUCAAAUAUCUGUUGGAGAGGCUAGAAACCUUACGUUGUUCUCGAAUUCCACUUUAGUAAGACACAUUAUGUGGUUCCUCCAUCGCAGUCUUGUGAGUAGUUUGCCCGGUUACGGAGAACAGCAUGAAGAGCACUCUAUAUGGCUUGUGAAACAUCAAGACAUUUCAAGUGACAGUCCUAUACUUAUAUACUUCCAUGGAGGUGGCUACUACAUGCAAACUAUACCUGAACAGUUGGGAGUGGUGUUAUCCAUAUAUAAAUUAACUAGUGCUAAAGUUCAAGCUAAACUCAAUAUUUUACUAUUGGACUAUAGUUUAGCCAGUGAUGGGUAUCCUGUCCCUACUCAAUUAGAACAGUUGUUUGCUGCUUAUUUGAAGUUAACUACAUUAGGCUAUACGAACAUUGGGUUCUUUGGUGAUUCAGCCGGUGGUCACUUGUCUAUUACCUUCACUCAAUUAUUAUACCAUUAUUAUAAUAGUAUUCCGCAUCCCAUAGUUGAACUAUUACCUCCACUUCAAAGUACCACUCCACACAUUUACCCCAAAACCCAGAUCCUUAUAUCACCAUGGGUGAAAAUGAAACCUAAUCCAGAAGAUGGUGCCACAGAAGGCAACUCGUGGCACGAUAAUGAACCAUACGAUAUUAUUCAGUUUUCUAACCCAUUUGAAUACCAUCACAUUGUAUCUUCAGCAUUAUCGAUGUCGGAUAUAAUGGUCUCUCCCGGUAAUCACGGCUAUACCAACACUAAGGAAUGGCUGCGAGUCCCCAGUUUCCAGAAUGGCAGCUCCUUAUUGGUUAUCUGGGGUGAAGAUGAAUCUUUUAGAGAUGAUAUCAUUGAGUGGUGUACUCAUGCUCUUGAAGUGCCUAAGGGAACCAUUGAACCUAAAAAAAACUACCAAUACACUUUGGAAAACAACAAGCAAGGCCCAGAUAUUUAUCUCUAUAUGGAACCAAAGGGAAUACACGAUUCACUCUUUUUCCUUGAAGACUCAGUUAUUGGGAAGGUUAAAGGUAAAAAGGGAAAACAACUCACAUAUGACAACUUAGAUCCUUCAAAGUACUUUGCAGUGGUCAAGGUGGCCAUGUUCUUGGAUACUGUUUUCGGAGAAGAAGGAGAAGUAGAAGUAUGA